GUAAGCUUGUAGGCACGACUAUCUCUGCUCACACAUUCAAAAUAGUCCACCCUCUAGAAGAACUGAUAGAACAAAUCUUGUAACCUUUCAAGUCUCUCCGCCUCUAACACACUCAUCCAAGGACAUAGUCCAAUUGAUACCGCCCAGGACUCAGCCUAAGACACUUGCCAUCAUGAGCGGCCGACCCUAUAUCUUUACCCGCGAUGAGCCCCUCUCCGAACAGGAACAUCUGAUCCUCGACAACUACUCCCCCGAACCGCUGCGUUAUGGCCACGCUGAGAACAUUGUGCACAAGCUUGACAAGCAACGGAAUGAUUAUGAUUCCCCCGAGUGGGUCUUCAACUCCGGUCACCAAAAGCCGGACGAAGGCGCCCACCAGACCGGGAGUAAUGCGGGCGAUGGUGCCAAUCAAGAGCUAGCAUAUAAUGAUGAUGCGAGUCACGAGAUGACUGAUUUUUCUUCGUGUCCAAUCCUAGGUGUCCGCCAGAUUCCGGACUCGGGAUUUGACCGGCAAUAUGAUACAUCCGCAGCUACUUCCCGAAAGCCCGAUUUGCACCAAGGGCAUGGGUUCUGCAGGACUGGUGUCAAAUAG